UGAAGCUGUUUCGCUGCAGAUUGUUACACGUUGGGUUGAGAGGAGCGAACGUUCCCUCCGCCGUGCGCGCCAUUCCAGUCGGUGCUGCGGCCCCGGAGCUGGGAGCUCUGGAGAAGGGAAUGUUUGUUGUUCUUUUUUUGUGUGUGUGAAUCUCAGAUGAAGAUGAGUAAAAUACAGCGGGGGAGACGGGUCCGGCUAGCGCUGCGGCUCUGAGAGAACAAUUACAAAGCCGAAACUCAAGAACAAAAGGAGAAGGAUCGAUCGGUUCCCUGAAACAAAAUCAUGUUUUAAUCUUGGCUCUGCUUUCCGUCUCACUGUGAGGGAAGGAGUUUGUGCGGAGUCUCCCCCCUCUCUCUCUGCUUUCACAUUAAAGUGAUGUCUAAAUACGAGGAGGAGAUCGGACUGCAGGCGGGUUUUCUGGAGGAUCUGUCCCUGUACCAGGCGCCGAGCGAUGGGUUUUACAGUGAGCGGAGGGAACUGCUGCUCAGCCCGGACUUGGAGGAGACAAAGCGGGCGUUCUUCCUGCAGAUGCACCCGCACCCGCAGCCUGAAGCCGCCGCCAGGGUGAACGGGGCCGACCCCAGUCACCAGGAACGGGGUCCGGCCACUUUCUGCAAACUGCCUGCGCCUCCCCGGGGCACGACUGGGAGCCGCGGCGGGGGAGGGCUGGAAGCGGCCGGCCCGGGGCACCGAGGGGAGCUGCUGCAGCCGGGGGUGGGCGAGCCGGAGCCGGGGGGCUGCUACCUCCGGGGCUACGGCGCGGAGAGCCGCAGGUACAGCGGCGGAGGUGGUGCUGCUGAGCCGGGCUUGGUGUGCAGCCGCCAGGGGGGAGCUUUCCCGCUCUUUCCCGGCUCCAAUGUAUCCACCAGAAGCAACAAUGUAUCGGCCGGGCCCCGGGGAAACAAUGUAUCCGCCCCGCGGGGUAACAAUGUAUCCAGUGGCGGCGGCAGCAGCAGCAGCCCCCGCUCCAGCCUCGCCUCCUCGUCCUCAUCGUCCAACUCCACCCAGGAGCACAGCAAACACUCGAGCCCCCGCUCCAGCCUGUACCCCAGCCCCCGCUCCAGCCUGGUGGUGCCUGGGCCCGGCCAGGAGCGUUACUCCAGCCCCCGGGGCAGCCUGAUCCAGUACGAGGCGGCCCUCAGCUCCCGCUCCAGCUACGCCAGCUCGGCCAGCGACACCAGCAAACACUCCAGCCCCCGGGGCAGCUACGAGGGCGGCGGCAGCAAGGCCAGCAGCAACCGGACCAGCGGCAUCAGCAUCGGCUACGACCAGAGGCACAUCAGCCCCCGCUCCAGCACGGUCAGCCCCCGCUCCAGUUACUCGGACUCCUCCCGCUUUGUGCAGCCCCUUGAUGCCGAGCUGCCCGGGCCCGGCCUCAGCGCCAGGAGCAGUAUCUCCAGCCAGAGUUCCCGCAGCUCUCGAGGCUCCAUCAGCGCCGCCUACCCCGAGCUGCAGCUGCCUUCCUCGCCCCGCUCCUCGGUGCUGGCCGGCGGCCUGCUGGAGGCAGCUCUCCCCGGCCCGGACAGCUUGGCGUCCCCCGGGGAUCCGCACUACCCACCCCGGCCUCAGGCUGCCCCCACCUCGCCCAGCGCCGACCCGGCCUCCAGCUCGAUCCCCUCCUACAACUACAGCCCCAGCAAAGGAGCACCGCCUGCCCACAAGUUCAGGCUCCCGUACCAGGUCACCCCCUCCAGGGAGAGCGGGCCAAGCCAGGCCGAGAAGAGGCUGGAAGCGUUGACCAGGGAGUUGGAGAAGGAGCUGGAGCUCCAUGUCAAGAAGGAAUACUUCGGGAUGUGUGUGAAAUGCAGGAAAGGAGUCUAUGGAGCCAGCCAGGCCUGUCAAGCCAUGGGCAACCUCUACCACACAAACUGUUUCAUCUGCUGUUCCUGUGGGAGACGGUUACGAGGGAAAGCUUUCUAUAAUGUGAAUGGCAAGGUGUAUUGUGAGGAAGACUUUUUGUAUUCGGGGUUCCAGCAGACAGCAGACAAGUGUUUCAUGUGUGGACAUUUGAUCAUGGAGAUGAUUUUACAGGCCCUUGGGAAAUCCUACCACCCGGGCUGUUUCCGCUGUGUGGUCUGUAAUGAGUGCCUGGAUGGUGUUCCCUUCACUGUCGAUGUGGACAACAACAUUUACUGUGUCAAAGAUUAUCACACGGUUUUCGCACCUAAAUGUGCGUCCUGUGGCCACCCGAUUCUGCCAGCCAAGGGUUCAGAGGAGACGAUCCGCGUGGUGUCGAUGGAUAAAGAUUAUCACGUGGAAUGCUAUCACUGUGAGGACUGUCACCUGCAGCUCAAUGAUGAAGAGGGCCGUCGCUGUUACCCUCUGGAGGGGCAUCUGUUGUGUCACAGCUGUCACAUCCGACGCAUCAACAUUCCCCCGGCACCACAUCCCCCCCCGACUUACCAGCUCCACGUCACUGAGCUGUGACCAGAACCGGGAUGUUCGUGACCAGAGUGGGUGGAGAGAUGGGGGGUGUCUCUGCUCCUGUCCCCCAGGGACCUCAAUCCAAGGAGGUUUCCUUCGGACGGGGAGGCAAGUGACCACCGUUACCGUUGGAAACCAAUCUGCCGUCUGAAUCCUUGGUGACCAUGACAACUGGGGCUGUUUGUGGGAAAGUGAGGGAGGGGGUUGGAGGCAAUAGCCUGACCGAAGAGAACUCUGUGACCAAACCUCAGCAAGCUAGGGCCUACUCUCCUGAGGUGCUAUGACUACAGACAGACAGACUGGCCUUUACUCUGGCUAGGCCAGAGAGACAAUCCCCAUCUCACACCACCUCCCAUGCAACCGUGUACCUGAAUUUCCAAGAUGGCAGCUACACCUUGUAUGUGCCCAACACUAACCUGAUUGGCUUGUUGAUGGUCAGAUGGUGCUGGCUCAGGAUGUCCUCUCUUUGAGUGACCAAAGCUCGGUUGUUCCUCAGCAGGGAAAAUGCCUCCCUGAGAUACACUUCAGCAUACAGCGUCAUUCCUUGUCAUCCUCAUGGUUUUAGACUGAGCAGCCCUCUUUUGUGUUGCUAAUAGCAACCGUUGAGACAUCUCCAUGGCCACAGCUUACUGGCUCAUUCAGCACUUACUGACACACCUUUCACUUGCUAUCAUUAACCUCUACUGUACCAGUGAGCACACACACCAGUACAUUGACUAUGCAAAAGUAAUGCAACCAUUUUAUAUAAAACUCCUGAUUGAUUGCAGUGUAUAGCAGACCCGACUUUGUAAUUUUUUUUAGUUUUUUAAGAAAAGUGUAUGUUCUAUUCCAGUUGGAUAAGACAGUGCAUUUGUUUUGUACUGAUUAUUCUGCAGACAACGCGCCUUUCCCACAACACCUGUGUACAGUUUCAGAUAUUUCCGGAAUGGUUUGUGCUGUUGGUAUUAGCUCAGGUUCAUGAGCAUCAUUUGGACAUUGACUGUACAGACUUGCCCCCUGCCUCACAAUGGCAGCCAGACCCCACCCUUCCUAAAGGUAAGCAGGAAGGCCCCUCUGAACAUGUGUCUUCGGUUAUUGGUGUUUGUUUGAUUUGGGAACUCAGCUCACUGGUGGGUUUGGCAGGCGGGGCUUGAAUGAUGAUGGUUCCUCUUUGACUCAAAGUUCUUGAACAAUGGCACUUUUGUGUCCAUUUCGCUGCCUUCACCUUCCCUCUGUAGCCUCCCUGCUCCACCUUAUUUAUUUUUCCCCAUGGUCCUGUCCAUUCCCUAGGCCUCUGCUUCCAAGAGUGAGGCCUCUCUGCUUUCCCUGACUGGCCUCCCCCACAGCCAGACCUUUGGGCCUCCUCCUAUUGGCUUUUGCCACCCCUUCAUGAACAGACCUGGUGCUCCCUCUCCAUUUCCCUCUAACCAGACUACUAACACUAUCGAAUUAAAGUGUCACUUUGUCGAGCUUGACUUGGCAGGAAGCAUAUGGGGCAUCAAAGUCUGGACGGAAUGUUCUAGCAUUGGCCAUGUCCCCCAAAUGGUUGACCCUGAUUGGUCCGCUGAUGUAGUUGACUUGGGAGUGGGGGUGACCCUUGCUGGGAUCCCAUGUAAAAGGUGCGAGAGCUGGGCUCUGCAUCUUCCUGCAGCAUCGAGAGGGCGAUGUCGGGGGGUGGAAUCGGUUAAGGUCAUUGAUCAGAAAGGAAGUGAAACUAGAGAGAGUUGCUCCCCCCCACCCCUAAAGCUUUCACAUUCUGUCCUGUUAAUCUCCCCAAAUCCUCUGUGGGGUGGAAAAAUUCCGUCUUUGAUUUUGUUGAGGCAAAGAAAAGACAUGUAGAUUUAUUUAUCUUUAAAAAAAGCCACAUAAUAUCAACCUAAAUUAUUAAACAUGUAAAUGUCAAAGGUCAUUUAACCUUGGAUAUAAUCUGCCUUUUUUUUCAAAU